GCCGCAAACCCCUAUGCGUCAACAUGAGCGUUUUGCGAAAGGGCAGCUUGAAGCUAAAAGAGCGCGGCAAGGUGAAAGAUUCCUGGCGAAAAUACUAUUUCGUUCUAACCGACACGCCAUCACUCGUCUACUACAAGAGCGAAGCCGAGUUCAUUAGUGGUACAAGUGCGCCUGUUGGUUCUAUAGCAAUCUCCGAGGCGGUCCAGGUUUCUUCAUUCGCAAAGGCCAGUCAACAUGGUGUCCGUAUUGAGAGAGCGAAUGGUGUCGACGACGUUCGCUGCUCGACAGAAUCGGGUGCGAAGGAGUGGGUGCUCUCGCUCUUGGACAUUUUGACGAACGUCGAGAAAAGCGGUCAUUGUGCCGCCAUGGAGGAGCGGACCGAGGAGAUGGAUUUCAACCAGUUAUAUGUGAUGAGAUCGACGACGUUUGAGGCCGAUAUGUCGAGGAACGUGUUGGUUGACCAUGUGGGAGCUUGCGUUUUGGAGGUGACCGGGGACGACUUGGUGGUGUGGAAGAAGGAGGGAAAGGAGCUCGUGUGUCUCGUUAAAUGGGAUUUGACGACUCUGCGAAGAUACUAUUAUAAUGAGACGACAUUCAAGGUGGAAACUGGCAGGCGCUCAGCAACUGGUGAGGGUGUAGUGACUUUUUUCACCAAACAUGGGGUAACAAUUAGCAAACGAAUAAAACUGGCGGCACACUACAAGAAAUCACAGACACUAGCACUGCAGCGUCCUCUUCACGUACAGAAACAUGAGACGGACCAAAGCCCUUUGAGGAAGGAUCACACAGGUAACGAUACUGUUGACGACAAAGUAAUGGAUGUUAGCAAAGCUCCUCACAGGCAUGCAGUACCAAUUGCAACAAUGACAAGACAAGACAAUCAGCAACUGAGGCGAUCACGGUCGUUGGAUGAUAUCUGGAUUGGCCCUUUUCUGUCUGCUAAAUGCAGGUCACCAGGAGCUGCUGUUCAAUCGAACUCCAAAUUUGCACCGUACCAUGCUCUCCAUCAUGUGCCAGCCGAGGACAGACCAAAACAACUGGACAGUUAUCAUCACUUAGAAGUCAACUUACAACCAGGGACGGCUGAAAGGUAUAAUAACACGAAUGUCAAGAGCAAUACAAUACUUCCGUAUCACCACUUAGUGAUCGAUGGUACAAAACAGCAGCAGUACAACAGGUCAUCAAUCAAACGUAAGGAAAGUGAAAAUGUUGGAGGAGACGGUCACGCUGUUUAUGAGAACUUGCAAUUUAUUUCUGUUGGUGAUCAUAGUGCUAGCACUGUUGACAAGAACGAGAGCCGCGAUGCCGACACGUAUGCUAACAUGUCUAGCGCCUCUGCUACUUCCAGUGCGACCACGCGAAAUUCUGAUAUCUAUGAAGUUUGUUGUGAUGUAACCGAGAGUAUACAGCCCAAUGGCGGAGUGGCACACAAGUGCUCAGGUAGUGAGAACGAUGAAAUCAGUCCACAUUAUGAAAACAUCGGAUUUGGGCGGCAAGACACUGACAACAUGUCAAACAUCGUGUCACAGAGUGAUGGCUACGUUCUCACUGUAAGUGAAAAUGAAACGUCAGAGCCAGACCUUGUUGCGGUGUACGACGUAGCGGAUGCCGCGUCUCAUUCAAUUUAUGCCAACCUCCCGACCACAGGUUUGAAUGACCGAGUUCAACUGACUAGUGAUACAAAGUCAGGUACAGAGAGGUGGACGGAGAAACGAAUGUUGUACUCGACAGAGAGAGAAACAAACUCUGGAGAGUACAGUUACCCAACUGUCCGGAGUAUUCGUACAUAUUUGAGAAAGCUUGGCGAUUCACAGCAAGUAGACGAUGACGAUGGAGAGUGUCACUACUAUGGCACUGUACUACACGACGAUGACGACAAUGACGAGUGUCAAUAUUAUGGUACCGUACUACACAGCGAUGAUGAAGCAUUUCCUGAGAACAUAGCCGCACCCAAAGUUACCACCUCAUGGCAUCAGAAUUCCCCUUCUGUCAUAAAGAACACAGUUCCUCGUACAUCAUCUCCAUUUGCACCAUUUCUCAGUUUGUCGGCCUCUGCGUCUCCCAACACAUCAAGGCCGGCUUCUCCUUAUGAAGUUCCGUAUGAAUCUGACAAUGAACUAUUGCAACCAGGUAGACUACCUCCGUUGCAACCAGGUAGACUAUCUCCGGUCAGCAAGCAAACACUAUCUGGUAGUCUAAAGGGUGACGAAAGUCAAGAUUAUGGUAGACCGAGAGCAUACCAGAUGGACCGAGAAAGGAAACCGGGACGUUCACUAACUGUUCCAAACAAGUAAAAAUGAACAUCGUAAUUGCUUCACUACUGAAACUGCAAAUUCGCGGCAGCAUACAUCUGUUGCCUGCUCUAUUACAUCUAUGCAUUAGAUUUUGUGUUGCGACAAGAAAUUGUGUGGACUGUUGAAGUAACUACGGAACACAUGUUACUAUAGUUUAAAGUUCCAAGAGUUUCUAGGCAAUAAGAAACAUGUGCAAACGAAGUUGAGAAUUGGUUUCUAAUGAUAACACAACUGAUCGUAAGUCUCUGUAAACUUAAUUAAGCUUUUGUGUGCAAGAA